GAAAACAAAAGAUAAAUAAAACAAAGAAAGAAUCUAGUGAUGGUACGAAAAGCUAAGGAAGACAACCAUGCAACCAAAAUAUAAAUAGCCAUUGAAACUCCCUAGAAUUUCAGUCAGAACAAAAAACCCCACCACGACGUUUUUGAAUUGGAAUCUUUCAAAAUUUUGUAGUUUUUUUUUUUUUUUUCCCUGGUAGUUUUCUCUUUUUUAAAAAAUAAAAAUAAAAAAAAGGCCCCAUUUGAAGAAGUGGUUUGUGAAUUUGAUCAAUCAUGCCUAGAGAAAGGGACCCUCUUGUUGUUGGUAGAGUUAUCGGAGAUGUUUUGGACCCUUUCACAAGGUCUAUAUCUCUUAGGGUUUCUUACGGUAAUCGAGAGGUUAACAAUGGUUGUGAGCUCAAGCCUUCCCACGUUGUCAGCCAACCUAGAGUUGACAUUGGUGGUGACGAUCUUAGGACUUUCUACACCUUGGUUAUGGUUGAUCCUGAUGCUCCUAGCCCAAGUGACCCAAACCUAAGAGAAUAUUUGCACUGGUUGGUGACUGAUAUUCCAGCAACUACAGGGGCAAGCUUUGGACAAGAAGUAGUGUGUUAUGAGAGUCCACGACCGACAGUGGGGAUUCAUCGAUUUGUUUUUGUGCUGUUUCGGCAAUUGGGGAGGCAAACAGUGUACGCACCUGGGUGGCGUCAGAAUUUCAACACCAGAGACUUUGCUGAGCUUUAUAAUCUUGGAUUGCCAGUUGCAGCGGUUUACUUUAACUGCCAAAGGGAAAGUGGCUCCGGUGGAAGGAGACGAUAGAUGAACAUCCUCAAUUUACCCUAUGCUUUUAUCAUCAUCAUUUACAAGGGUCGUUACAAUUAAUAUGAAUGAAUAAGAAUAACAACCUAAACUUAUAUAUCCAUAUCCAUAUAUAUAGACAUAUAUAUAUGUAUAGUUGAAUAGUAAUUCCUAUAAUCCAUGUAUUAGUUUUACCAAAAAUAAUCCAUGUAUUAACUUAUAGUACUGAACUUAAUCGCCUCACUGUUUUGAUCUCCUUAUAAUAUGUUAGAGCUAGAGGGAUUAGGAUUAAGUACAGGAAUAAAUACAAAAGGUACACUGCGGUGUAAAUUUGUGAUGUCAAUUUCCACAUGAUUAAUCUAAUAUAUAACUUUAGAAGUAUUAUCAAUAAAUGCCUUCUUUCAUUUUUC